ACAUUUGCAGAGUGGGUUUUAUUUCCCACCCCCAGUCCAUACUGAAUUAGUUCUCAUUGAAACAAACUACCAAGGUAGAAUUCAGGAACGUCUCAGGUUUUGCACCAGCUUGAGGGAAGGAGAAUUCAGCCAGGAGAAAGAUUUCAGCAAGGUGUAAAGACUUAGAUACAAAGGCUAAUUCAAUAGCUUUUCCUGUGAAGCAGCUGAAAAGUAGAUGCUGUGUACCUGUUAUUGUGAUACACUCCAUAUGCAACACAACUUGAAUGUAUAAUGCAAAUUGAUUUUUAGCCAUUAUAAAGAGUGCUACUUCAGGGGAGAAGAGCAAAAGAAAGCAGCAGAGCUCAGCAUGAUAAAGUGAAGAACAAUGGUGGAGAAAAUGGAAGGCAAUGGUAAAGCUUGCAUUCAGCGUUGGACUACCCGGCAUGUAGCCAAAUGGCUGAAGGAAGAAGGGUUUUGUGAGUAUGUGGAAAUAUUGUGUGAUAAGCACAGACUGGAUGGGAUUACACUACUGACUCUGACAGAAUAUGACUUGAGGUCUCCACCUCUGGAAAUUAAAGUACUGGGUGAUAUCAAAAGGCUCAUGUUGUCAAUACGCAAAUUGCAAAAGCACCAUAUUGAAGUUUUGGAAGAGCUUGGUUACAACAGUGACAGCCCUAUUGUUUCUCUAUCCCCUGUGGGCUCUCUUCAAGGAACAGACUGGUUUUGUAAUGGUGACGUGCAACGGGACUGUGAUGACUGUGAGCCUGCUGCUGAUUUGAAUGCUGAGCAGUAUCAGUAUGCAAAUGGAAAAAACAAACAUCCCACACGAAGACUGAACCCAGAGUACUGGAAGACAGCUUUGAGUUGUAUAUAUGUUUUCAUUGUGUUUGGUUUCACAUCAUUCGUCAUGGUCAUUGUCCAUGAACGAGUACCUGACAUGCAAACUUACCCACCACUACCAGACAUAUUCCUAGACAGUGUUCCUAGGAUACCAUGGGCCUUUGCCAUGACUGAAGUAUGUGGAGUGGUUCUCUGCUACAUCUGGUUAAUUGUACUCCUCCUUCACAAACACAGAUCUAUUCUUUUACGACGGUUAUGCAGUCUUAUGGGUACUGUGUUCUUGUUGCGUUGCAUUACAAUGUUUGUGACCUCGCUGUCUGUGCCAGGCCAACAUUUGCAGUGUUCUGGAAAGCUCUAUGGCAAUGUCUGGGCAAAACUUCAGCGAGCCUUUGCAAUUUGGAGUGGAUUUGGCAUGACACUGACAGGAGUGCAUACGUGUGGAGACUACAUGUUCAGCGGCCAUACUGUUGUCUUGACUAUGCUCAAUUUCUUUGUCACUGAAUAUACACCAAGAAGCUGGAACUUCUUGCACACUCUGUCCUGGGUGCUGAAUCUCUUUGGAAUCUUCUUCAUUUUGGCUGCACAUGAACACUACUCCAUUGAUGUUUUUAUUGCCUUCUAUAUCACCACAAGACUGUUUCUUUAUUAUCACACAUUGGCUAACACAAGAGCUUAUCAGCAAAGUAGGAGGGCCAGGAUCUGGUUUCCUAUGUUCUCUUUUUUUGAAUGCAAUGUAAAUGGUACCGUUCCAAAUGAAUAUUGUUGGCCCUUCUCUAAACCAGCUAUAAUGAAAAGAUUAAUUGGCUAAAGAGCACUGGGCUUAAUUCGCACCUGUGUGAAGUAUUUGUGACUAACUUUUCUUAAAGAAUAGGAUGGGGUUCUUCUUAUCCAUGUGACCUCCUCUGGCCUUGUUUUUUCUCUUAGUUACAACAACAAGAAGAGAAUUACCUGUUGCCAUUUCUAAUAUGCAGACAAAUUUGUUAACCUGUAGUGAAAUGCUGCAUGAAUGAGAUAAAGUUGAGUUACUACUUCAGUAAUCUUUAUAACUCGAGCAUUUGGAAGACUUUCAGUUGUCCUGCGAUGAGGGAAUGACGGGCUGUAGAUUACAUCAAAUAUCACUUAGUUAGCUAAUGUAUCUCAAACUAAUGUUAUACUUCAAAAUGAAUGUCAUAUGACAGUAAGGUGUGUUCGGGAGGUAAAUGAGUAGAGGAACAUUCAACUGGCAAAACAACAACAAAACCCUCCCUGAAUGUUUGAGAAGUACAUGCUGUGUGUCGUAGGUACAGAAGGGGCAGUGAUAAGAAUGAAUGGGAGUUUCAUUUACGUGACGUAAGUGACUUCAUACUCUUCUACCAUCUAGAAGAUUUUCUUGUUUACAUUUCAGUAAAUUAAUUAAAAAAUAAAUUAUCUUUUGAAAUGGUAGUGAUUUAGUUUUGGUGCCACAACUUUUCAUUACAGUAUUAAACCGUUAAGUCUGUCUUUGCUUUUAAAUAGUGCUCCUAGAAGAAUAUUGUUAAGUUGGGAUAAUAGCAGGCCUUAUCCCUAUGAACAAAAGAAAUGUUGUGGCAUUUAUUUUUAUUUCUAUUUUGAUGAAGCAAAUGGGAAGAAAUUGAACAGUAGCUUUUGGGAAUACUGUUGAUAGCAAUCUUUUUUCUUUGCUCUCAUGUAUGACUGACAAAAACAUCUCAUUCUGCUCCACAUUACACUGGUCGAUGCUGCAAUAUAAUUGGCUAGUUGAAAAAAUCUGAAUAUUUUCAGUGAAUACUUUAUUCUUUUCUUGCAAGUUGAAAACUGUCUUAAUCAGCUUAACUUUUGUGAUAAGUAUUACUUUCACUUAUUUAGAAAGUACUAUGAUUAUAGCAAGAAUAAUGAAUAGAACUGGAGCUUAAAACAUUAGAAGUACAAGCAAAGCACAUGGCACUUGGCAGUCAUGCAAACCUUACAUUUUGUUUGUGGUGUCUAGCUUUUAUAGAAAAUACUCAGGUUUUCACUUAAUCCUUUAAGCCAUCCAUUUAAUGGGAAAUUGUGUUACUAUUUGUGUAAAAUGGCAAUGGUUAUAUUAGCACAUUGAUUCAACAGUGCUUCAGAUUGUAGCAUUUCAAAAUUGUGUGUUACAGUUGAGAUUCACAUUCACGAUUUGCUAGUCUAGCACCAGCUGUUCAUGCAUUGGAUUAAUUUUCAUUCUGUAUAUUAAAAUGUGUUUGUUAAAAAUAGUCUUGCUUACACCACUUGGUAUUUAUUAGGCUGUUCAGAUCUUCAGUCUAGUAAGUUCAAGAUCUUCAGUCACACUGUAUUUGAAUAACUUAUAGCGUUAAAACUGUGGUUAGGUAGAAUAUAUGCUAUUACAAGACGUCCACGCAGCACACUAGGUUUCUACAAAUCAGAACAGGAUCAGCCAUCUUGUGUUUUGAAGUCUUUUAAAAUUAAUGAAUAAUUAACAAACAUUGAAUGUAUUCUCGAAGGCUUUCAUGGCCGGGAUCUGAUGGUUGUUGUGGGUUUUUUGGGCUCUUUGGCUGUGUUCUGAAAGUUGUUCUUCUUAACGUUUCACCAGUCUCUGAAUGUUCAAAUAGAAGUUCAGAUGUCUUGGAAUUACCAUUGGUAACCAUUUAAUCCCCCUUUCCAGUAUAUCUUCCCAGUAACUUAAACUAAGUCAGUCCCACAAAGCCACUUUGCUUCGUUUUUCUAGUUUACUGCGGUAGCAUAGGGUUGUCACUUGAUUUUUAUUGCUUCCACAAUGAGACCUUUUUUUUCUAAUUCUGUGCCAAGCAUUGCUGCAUUUGGCUUAAUAUUUAUGUGCAAAAAAUGCAUGCACCAUUGCAUUGAACAGUGUUCAAGAAUUAUUUCCAAAAUGUGCUGAUCUAGAAAUAAGUGUAAUUCAACUUGCUAAUCUGCACUUGAGAAUCAUUUACAGACUAGAACAUUGUACAUCUCCUACCUAUAUUUAAUAUUCCCUCAGUAUUACAGUAUUUAUACAUAUUCAAUAUCUUUAUCUGCCACUUUAAUGGGAAAAUAGUAUCUCAGAGCAUGCCUUAUUUUUCUCACAUAGUGUGUUGCAGAGUCUGUACUCUGCAGUUGAAUCCAUGUUGUAGAUCCUUUCCUUUAUGUUUUGACCUUUACAUUGGAAGGAUUGGUAUGUGAAGAUGUGUGGCAAGAAUUACGUUGCUGGUCUACUCCAUGGCAUCAUGAUUUGUGUAUCCCAAAGACAGAAGCAGCAGCUGCUCUCAUAUACUUUAACCAACUGCAGUGGCCAUCCUUUCUAGAGCUAUUAUUUAAAUAAAUAUUAAGAUGCACAUCAUGUGUUUUUGAAUGGGAUUGUGUUUUUCUUCAGGAUGGCACUUUUGCAGGGCAUAAGAGGACAUUUCUCUCUACUUCAUCGGACACCAUAAUCUGCUCUGGAUUUUUGCAUCACAGUUUAGCAUCCUUUGAAGCACAAUGGUGGUUGCUUAGAUCAAAACUCAAAUGCAGCUGGGAAUUCUAGGGAGAUGGUCCCUUUUCUUAAUGCAUCAGUAAAUUUACCAUUGAGAUUUACGUUAUACCGUAAGCAGUAUUAAGUGGUGAGUUCAAAUGGAAAGACCCCAAUCCAGUGAAACUUGGAUGGAUGGAAGGAUGGAUGGAUGGAUAAAUGAAUAAGAAGAAGCAGUGGACUCUAGCAUUCAACAUUAAUCCCUGAAUGAAUUUUAAGCAGUCACAUCUAACAGACAGUUAUUCCAACAUUCCCUCUAAUUCUCUGGAGCUCUGUGUGGAGGCUGCACCCCGUCUAUAUGGAGUGUGGGUACACUCACUCUGCUGCGCAUGCCCAAUGGAGCAGCUCACGGGCGGCUUAGAGGGAGUGUUGAGUCAAUCCAUGCUUGGAAUAUGUCAUGUGAGGCAGCUGUGAUGUCAUCUCUGAUUCAAUGCUCAUCCAUUUAGAAUGAAAAAAUUAAAAAAAUACAGAGCAAACUGGUAGAAAUACGCUAAAUUAUAAUUUCCCUUUAGGACAUAUUUUUCUGUCUACAGGAUUUUUUUUCAGUGCAGCAUUUGGACACGUGAUAUCUUUCAGUAUGGCAUAGAUAUUUCUUUGUCACCUCUGUGCCCUGGUUUCUGUUGGGACAUAGUUGGAAUUAAGCACAGAAAUUAAAGAUAUAGUUGCCAUUAACAGAAACUGUAUUAGAGCCCAUGCAUUUAGUUUACAUGGUACAAGAGAAAGGACUGGGGCAAAGUUUACCUUUUUUUUAAUGGCACGUGAGGUAGUCACAUUAUUUAAGAAUAAUACUUAGUACAAUCUCUUUAACUUUAAAUUAUUUUUUAUAGUUCUGUGGCCUACAUUUGCAACUUGAUUUCCAAUCAAAAUUUGUCUUUUUAUGGAUUAUUGUAUUUUAAACAGUUAUGUUUUCUUUGAUACAUCAUCUUAAAUUUAAUAGCCCCUGUUACACUUUUUUACCACCAUUAAAUAUUCCCCCCCAAUAGAAUCCACAUACAGAAAUUUCUGGUCUGAAUGGUCAACCUUUUCUUUUGUUUGUUCUUUUCCUCUUCUUAAGAAAAAUGAAAUGGAUUACAUUUGUCAUUCCUUUCUGGGUCUUCCAAGCAGUACUGUCUUUAUUUGAACACCUUACUAUUUGGAAUAGAAAGUGGUGGUAAAGCUGUUUAGCUUUUGGAUUAUAGCCCUGAUACUCAAUUGGGAAAUGGCUAACCAGCAUAAAGAAUGAAGAAAUCAAUAUCUAAAUUUUCUCUUUCUUUGAAAUUUUAAAUGUGCAAAAGUUUCUUAUAAUCAACAGAGCAGAAUAUGUUAUGCACACUCCAUCCUCUAACUAUUUGGUUUGAGUUUCCACUAAUAAUAGGUUUUGAAAUUGUGAAAUUACUCAGUAAAGAAGAACUCACUCGAUCUACAAACAUCUGCCUGUUGCUGAAUUGUAUAACAAUACUGUAAGGACGUUUUGUUGAGACUGGUAUGUACUCUACAUGUUUCCAGUAGGAAAUCAGAACAUUUUGAUUUCACUAGGUAUUUAACUGACUCUCUGACAAACUAGACCAGUAAAUCCCAUGGUAUGAGGAUGUCUUUAUGGCCCUCUGUGCAUAUUCAAGAUGGCAGGGGUCUUAAUUAUGUUGAAAAGGCUAAUCUGGCUUGAAGUUGUCCUAUUUUAAGAACAAGAUUUUACAGUCUUGUUAGUUCUAUGUACCUGUUUUUUUCAAUUAUACAUUAAAUGAAUAACAUUUCCACUGUGUUUUUGCAUUUUCCUCAGUGUAACCAGGGAAUGUAGGGGAAAGUGUUUGGUCUAAAGUUGUUGACAUGGUGCUUGACAUGGUCUUUUACUUUUACUGGCACUAAAAUAAAGUGUUACUGAGAAGCUUGAAUGUUUCUUUUGCAGAUCAGCUUGAAGCACAGAUGUGUAAAUAAAGGUGGAUUUUUCUCAAAUUUGAAUCUAGAUUUAACUUAUAAUAUUGUUUUGUAUGUGUUCUGUUAAACUGUUGAAACAUUAAAUAAAGUUUAAGAUCAAUAAACAGA